CACUUUCCGAGCUUUGUGCGAUUGAGCAUUGUGUGGUUUCUUUCCUCCAUUUCGUCGGGGAAUACUCACUCUCAAAAAAGCAAUCAAUCGCAAGUUCUCAGUUUAACACCUUGGUUUCUGAGCAAUUGCGACUGACCAAAGGGGUAGAGAAUGAUCCCAAUCGCGCUCUGGUUUGCAGCGGCGACGAACGACAGCGCCUCGAUUUCGCAGCUAUUGCAGACGAGCCAUCAGCAACAUCAGCAGUACAAUACUAGUAGCAGCUCGAAUGCGCAUGGCUAUGGGAGUGGGAUUGGGACGGAUUCGCUCGUGAAUGCACGAUUGCCGUCGUCGUUCUUUUCGCAGCAAGAUGCGUCGUCCGACACAACCAGCGACAGCGACGACAACGCAAACGAAGCACCAGCACCGCCGCCAUUGGUGCUCGCACGAGGCCGAGUCGCAGGCGCGCGGAUGAGCUGGAGUGACGAUGACCCAAUGCUGUCAUCACUUCGCGUCAUCGCACCAAGCGCUGCUGCUCUCCACGCAACCACAGCGACAGUGAAUGCUAGCAGUGCCAUGGCAGGCCGAUCCACGGGGCUGGCUGCUGCUGCUGCUGCUGCUGAUCCAACUGCUGCGACUCCAGCGUGGGCGGCCGAGCCGUUCUAUGUGGACGAGCCUGCUCCUGCUGCUGCCGCUGCCUCGGGCUCAUCUUCCUCCAGCUCUAGCAAUCACAAUCUAUUCACCCCAGCGACGAUGACGACGACGAGCGGCGAUGACGCGCCAACAAUGCUGGACGAUCCUCGCCGACCUCGCGCUGUUCCGGCGUGGUUUGCACAGGGUCGCACGCCGCUGCAUGUGGCUGCGCUCGCCGGCGCCGUCGAAGCUGCGCUCGUGCUGCUCAAGCAUGGCGCUGGUGUCGGAACGCCCGACAAGUUUGGCACGACGCCGCUGAUGAUGUCGAUGGGCAAGCCGAUUGAUCACGCUGCAAGCCACAAACCGCCGCGACUGCUCGCAGCCAUGCUGAAGCACAUGCGCGAUCCGAGGAUUGUCAAUCUGUGCGAGCCGAGCAGCGGAUUCACCGCGCUUCAUUAUGCAGCCACCCAGAGCGGGACGGGUGCGCUGCUGGUCCGCAUGCUCGUCGAGGCCGGCGGGAACAUUGAGGCGCGCACACGAGGUCGUCGCCCUGCGCCGCGUGUCAUCACUCUGCAUUCAGACCACCUCGUGUCCGGCAGCACGCCACUGAUGCUUGCGUGCCAUCGCGGAAACGUCGCCGCGGUGGAAAUGCUGCUUGGUCUGGGCGCAAACCCCAACGCAGUGGACGAGGCUGGCGGCACCGCGCUCGAUGCUGCGCUUGGAUCUCGCGCGCAGUCCACUCAGCUGGUGCUCACUCUGAUCAAGCAUGGCGCACUUCUCCCAUGCGAAGUCUUGCUGAGCCUGUGCUCCGAGCCGACCGACAUGCUCCUCGCGGCUCCGCUUCGGCUGGGCCUUGCCUGUCUUCGAAACGGGCUGGACGACAGGACGAGCCAGCUUCUCUCCGACAACCCAGAGCUCGCAUCCUCCUCGGCCUAUCUCGUCCCCGACACCUGGCCCAUCGAUCUGCUGGCCGCAGCCGCCUUUGCCGAUCGGAUUGAUGCCGUGCGGCUGCUGGUUGAGCACGGCGCGGAUUUGUUUGCGUGCAAUCACAGUGGCAAACUCCCGCUCCACUACGCCUGCUUGGGAGGCGCCACAGCCUGUGCCAUGUUCCUGCUGGACGCCAUGGAGCGGGAGGCUCGAUCGCUCGGGUGGGAGGAGAGCGCCGUCAGCCAACUGGUGAAUACGCGGGAUCAUCGUGGUGUCGUCCCUCUGUCCCUGGCCCUGUCGGAGGGCCGUGAGGAAACCGCGCUGGCCCUCUUGGAUCGGGCUGCACGGUUGGACCAGCUGCCAAAGUCACACAUCCGACGGGUCUUGACGCACGCACGGAUGCCCACUCUCCUGCGCACGCUGGUCGAGCGUUAUGGAGUGGAUGUCAACGACGGCGGCGAUCCCGAGGACCAAUCCUGUCUGCACAACGCGGUUGAGAUGGCCUUUGAAGACCGCGUUGUCCUGCUGCUCGAGCUGGGCGCCGAUGCGAAUUGUGUGGACGCGCGCGGAUUCACUCCGCUGCAGAUUGCCGUAUCGCAGCCCAUUGUCCGCCAGCGCGUCGUCACGGCGCUCUUGCAGCGCGGGGCCAACCCCAAUGCGCAACUGCCCAGUAUCCGCUCUCCACGGUCUUCACGCUAUGUUUCGUAGCCGAGAAAGACCCCCUUUUUUAUUUUAUUUUAUUCAUUUAUUUUUGACAAUCGCCUGCCUUUCUGAGGCACGCAAGGGCGUUCUGUAAUUUGUUACAAUACGACACAUGUACC